AUCCUUCCUAAAAAAGCCGCCAGUCUUUUCCCCCGCCUUUCCCGCAGAGAGAGCCCGGCAGCCCCGUCCAGGCUGUUCCGCGGGAUGGCGGCGGGCCGCCCCGCGGGGCUGGGCGCUGCGCGCUAGCAGCCGCCGGGCUCCAUCCGCGCAGCCCGGGCGCGGAGCGGGGCGCGGCCCAAACCCGGCUGCGCCUCAGCCCCUCUCCGCCGCCGCCCGAGGCUCUUCUCGCCUCCCCGCCCCGUCUUCGGCCAUCGCAGCAGGCAUGGGCUGUUUCUGCGCGGUCCCGGAGGAAUUUUACUGCGAAGUUUUGCUCCUGGACGAGUCCAAGCUGACCCUGACCACACAGCAGCAGGGCAUCAAGAAGUCAACGAAAGGGUCGGUUGUCCUGGGCUACGUAUUUCGUCACUUAAACCUGGUGGAAAUAGAUUACUUUGGGCUGCGCUACUGUGACCGAAGUCAUCAAACGUACUGGCUGGAUCCUGCAAAGACCCUCGCUGAACAUAAAGAAUUGAUAAACACUGGACCACCAUACACUCUGUAUUUUGGCAUUAAAUUUUAUGCAGAAGAUCCAUGUAAACUUAAAGAAGAAAUAACAAGGUAUCAGUUUUUCUUGCAGGUAAAGCAAGAUGUUCUACAGGGCCGUUUACCUUGUCCAAUCAACACUGCAGCACAGCUGGGAGCAUACAUAAUUCAGUCUGAGCUGGGGGACUAUGACCCGUACAAGCACACUGCAGGUUAUGUCUCCGAGUACCGCUUCGUUCCUGACCAGAAGGAAGAGCUGGAGGAUGCCAUAGAGAGGAUACACAAGACUCUGAUGGGUCAAGUUCCUGCUGAGGCAGAAGUGAACUACUUAGGUGUGGCCAAAUCUCUGGAAAUGUAUGGAGUGGAUCUCCAUCCUGUUUAUGGUGAAAACAAAUCUGAAUACUUUUUAGGAUUAACACCCGUAGGAGUUGUUGUCUACAAGAAUAAAAAACAAGUAGGAAAAUAUUUCUGGCCUAGAAUUACGAAAGUUCACUUCAAGGAAACACAGUUUGAACUUCGAGUCCUGGGAAAAGAUUGCAAAUAAACUUCCUUCUUUUUUGAAGCCCGUAACAAGGUCACAUGCAAACAUCUCUGGAAAUGCUGUGUAGAGCAUCAUACAUUUUUCAGGGUGCCAGAGAAUGAAUCAAGCUCUCUGCCAAGAAAAGUCAGCAAGUUUGGAUCCAUAGGUUAUAAACAUCGGUACAGUGGCAAAACAUCUUUGCGAAUGGCCAGAGAUCCUUCUGUGCAGCUACCGCGGCCUGACCAGAGCAUUGAAAGAAGUCGCAGCAAGACUUACCCCAAAAGAACACAACAGACAGGUUCUAAGAACAUGAGCCAGAUUACAACAAAUGGCGAAAAUGAAGGAACUACCAAAAUUAUUGCACCUUCUCCAGUGAAAAGCUUUAAAAAGAUGAAAAAUGAAAACAGUCCAGAAACACAAAGAAGUAAAACAAGCGCUCCAUGGGAGGAAAAUGGCCCACAAAGUGGACUGUAUAAUUCUGCCAGUGACCGCAAUAAAUCACCAAAGUUUCCUUACUCUCGCCGAAGGAACCCAUCUGGUGGCAGUGAGAAUGAGUCUGGACAGCCAGUUCGAAGGAGGAAAAAUCAAAACAGUGGUGAAGAUUCAGAUUUAAAGCAAAGGAGAAGGUCACGGUCCCGUUGUAACACCAGCAGUGGCAGUGAAUCUGAAAAUUCCAACAGAGAGCAUCGGAAGAAGAGAAACAGAUUGCGGCAGGAGAAUGAUAUGGUUGACUCGGCUCCUCAGUGGGAAGCUGUGCUGCGGCGGCAGAAGGGGAAAACCCAGGCAGACCCAAACUACCGGCGAUCCAGGCACAGAUCUCGAUCGAGAAGCCCAGAUGUACAAGCUAAAGAAGAACUGUGGAAACAUAUUCAGAAGGAGCUUGUGGAUCCAUCUGGACUAUCUGAGGAGCAAUUGAAAGAAAUUCCAUACACUAAAGUAGAGACUCAAGGUGACCCCAUCCGCAUCCGGCACUCGCACUCCCCUCGCAGCUACAGGCAGUACCGGCGGUCCCAGUGCUCCGAUGGGGAGAGAUCUGUCCUGUCUGAAGUGAAUGUCAAAACUGAUCUGGUCCCUCCACUGCCUGUGACACGAUCUUCAGAUGGGAAAGUUCCCAGCAUCCAGCUGACUCAACAGAGGCAGAAUGGAUCUAAGGACAGCCUAAUAGAAGAACCAUCUCUGCUAUCCACUAAUAAUGUUGAUGGAAAACCCAACACUAAGAUUGUAAAGACUGUACAGGUGUCACGCUUCAAGGUGGAGACUUGACUGAUGAAUUGAAGAUGGUGAAUGGAUUUUGGUCUUUGGAAAGUGAGGAUUUGUUUAUGCGUGCAAGGGAAGGAAGUGAAGUCGAUGGGGUGGUCUUUCCUUCAGGACACCUGGCAGUGCAGGCUGCUUGCUGGGAAGACCAAGCAAUAGUUUUAUCACCAACAUCAUUCUAGUGGUGUGACUGAUUGAGAACAAGCUGCCUCAUAGACAACCAAAACCAAAAGUCCGUGCAAAACUGAGAGAUCAGCAGUUACAUUUCCAAAAGAUGAACAACAACAAAAAAAUUGCUGCAAAACAGGCUUCAUGGUCUGCUCUGUAACUGAACAGCCUUGUUCCAAGAAGUGACUCUUAACUGACAUGAUCAGGAUCAAGAUAAGUAAAAUAGUCAUAUUUUUGGUCAAUUGUGCAAUACGGUGUGAUAUGGGGAAAAUAUCUUCACAAUUUAUAUGGGGAUCAACUUAUGUUCUGAGACAUAAGGACAGAUAGCUCUUACAAGGGUUAUUUUCACCUAGCACAAUAACAGAUGCUUGUGUUGUUGAUACAAAAUCUGACUCAACUCAUUUUAGCUCAAAAAGAAUAGACUCUGUAACAUGCUGUAGCAGUACAUUCCAGAGGUGAUACAGCUUGCUUUGGGCAGGUUUAAGUGCUGUAAAUUUUGAAUGUCCUUUUGUGUAGAGGGACUAUUUAAAUGAACAUUCCAUACCACAGAUACAUUCCAUACAUUUACCAACAUGUAGUAAAGCACUGGAAACAGAGGAAUAUAAAUUGACCCACUGUGUAAAGACUGCUUAACAAGGCACUUCAGUGCUGGUUAAAUGAAACUUGUGAAGUAGUAUUUAAAACAGCUAGAAAAUAGUUGUUUUAUUUUUUUUAAUCUAGAUUAGCAAAAUCUGUCUUAAUAUCUCAUAUAAAAUAAUCUGACACUUUUCUCUGAGCCAUUUCUACUGUUAAAAUGACAAAGCAGUAUUUCAGGUAUGAUAACUAUAAUUUCUAUUGUCAUGGUAGGAAUACUAAGUUUUAAUGAUGCUGCACAUUGAGUGGGUUAUCUUCUAAUACAUAUCUGAAGUGAUGACUGGCUCUUCUUUUGCCCUAUCACUUCUCACAAAUAUCUGACAGUCAGCACAUGGAUGAACCUUCAGGUGUUGUUGACUUGCUAGAGAGCUUAGCAAAGUCUUUGUGUCGUGGAAGUAAUUUUUUGCUAAGUGUAAUAAUUGAACUAAGUACUGAAUUUGUCAAACAGUGUCACAAACAGCUGCAGCAGCUCAUGUGCCUUUCUACAUCUGUCCUCUCUACACUCAACCCUCAAAACCCACAGCGAUUUGCAGUGAUCCUGUCUUUCAGUCCAAGCAACACCAGGGAAUUGCAGCCCUGUCAGAAAAGCAACACUGCUUGAGAACUGGAGUUAGCAUAGUUACACCUUACAAGAGGCAUGGGAUUACUAAUACACAUUUUAACUGACUAAACUGGUAAGCAAAAUGUUGUACAAUGUAUUUUCCACUUUAUUUUUUGAUUCUUCAUUGUUUCAUGAUCUGAGGUGGUCAGGUGGAUGUUACUAGCCAGGGUGGCAGCCAUAGUUUGUAUAUUCCUAUCACAGUAUGGAGUGGUCUCUAGGUUGGGAAGUACUGCAGGGAAGGCAGAUUCACUUAACAAAUACUUUUUUUGGUCAUUUACUUGGGAUAGCUCUGCUUCUACAGUCUCAGUGAACAAAUCUAAGGGAAAAAAAGAGCAAGAACCCCUCUCUAGUAAAAAUUUAGUUUUCAUGGAGGUUCUUCAGAAUUUUUUAAAUUUUUCUAUGGAUUUCAUUCUAGGACAUUGUUGGGCUUGGCUUAAAAUAUUUGCUCAGCUUUGUAAAUUUGUUAAAUGGUUUCAUUAUCAUUGCUCCAAUUUAAAGUGAUCCUUUAGGAUCUGUUUAUGACCUUGUGUAAUACUGUCAAGAACAACAGUUAGGAAAAGCCCAAACAAAACAAAAAAAUCCAAACCAAAACUAAAAAGAAAAUCCAAACCCAAACCACAACAAAAACCCUGAUCAAUCCCCAGGGAAAAAAAAAAUACCACCAUAGCAAAAUGGCUUAAUGGAGGGCAUCACAAUCUUUUGGAAGACAACUGAAAAAUGACAAACUAUACAAGAACUGGUUAGUGCCAGUAAUGAAAGCUACUCCUUGUUCCUUUGAGAAGGUGUUCCAGCUUGGAGCAUUACACACUUGCUUAUAGUUUGCUGCUUUCUAAUAAUUACCAUUAGUUUGGUAUUCUUACCCAGGCAUAAGUAAGUAGCAUGUAUCUACUACUGCAGGAGGAUUUGUAUUGUUAUUUAAGAAUUAUCUGUACAUAGUGUACCUAUCUUGCCAUUCUUUAAAUAUUGAUCAAGAGGGUUUAUAUCCAACCUCAUGUUUUCCUGUGGGCUUUCAUUGUCCUGUGGGCCUUUUGUUUGUUAUUGCUGAAUACCAAGCAAAUACAUCAGCCAAGUGCAUGGUAUUUUACUUACUGCACUACACCAGAAAAUAGCUUCUAUCUAGUCUAGUAGUGAAAGGUUCAAAUUCUCAAGUCACUGUAGAGUUGUUUCAUAAUCAAGCCAACUUUAUUGUAUUUAGAUGAGAAGUUUAUGGAGAGACCCCCAGAUCUGAGUUAGUGAUCUCCCUGAUGAGACUAUGUAGGUCAGCAAGUCAGUUACCCUGGGCCACUACAAUUCAGUUUUGUGUAUACAAAAGACUAAAGAUAUAAUGCCUCCUAUUACAUGUUUUCCAAAUGCUUUGUUGUGCCAAAACAAGGCAAAACUUGCAAUAAGGACAUCACUGUCAGCUAAUAGUACAGAAAAGCAAAUUUCUUUCAUAUAUGUGAUAUUCCUUUCCCUUCAAGCUUUUCCUCAAUCAUUUGAGGAAAAGCACCUUUUUUUAUGGUAUUUUUGUGAGAUAUACACACAAGUGAUCAAUCACUGAAAACACUCACUGUGUCACAGCUAUGACUUCCACACCUAAACCAGGUCUACAUGUCUAAGGUGUAGCUCUGAGCUACACCUUGCCCUCUCCAUUGUUACUACCCUUCCCCAGCUCUCCUGGGGUAUUCACUGCCUAGAGGCAGUUACAUUUGCAGAUUUGGAGUCUGGAUGUCAGUCUAAAAUACUUUUACAUCCUGAUCAAUCAGGCAAAAUACAUAACAGUGUCAGGAAGUUUACCUUGGGGUUGAAUGCCAUAUACAGACCUGUGCUCACUUGGACAAAGGAUUGUUAUUUGAGGCAUUCUCCUCCUAGUUCUCCUGAAUUGAUCUCAGGCCAACGAUUUACAUUUGCCUCUGCCUUUACGUCUUCUGAGACUUAAGUAAGAGCUAAGCAUUGGUAAGUUAUAGAACUCUCACUAAUUAGCAACAAUUACAACAUAUUUGUACAACCUUUUGCAAAACAUGUAUUUUAUACAAUAAAGAGGGCUUGCUAACCACAGCACAAAAGCACUGUUGUGUAUCCUGCACUGGUUCCCUUGCUUAGCUGGCUGGUUUCUUUCAUUUGGAACUAGCCUGGACCUGGUGUUUUCUACACUGGACCUCUUACCAGUAUCACUAACUCUGCAACUUGUAUUCUAAUCAAGCUCAUUAUAUUGAUGAUGUUUGUUGCAAAGUCAUUACCAUUUAAGUUGCCAAAUUCAUUCCUUUUAUACAGGUGGAUAUUGAGCUGAAGAGAUAGCAUGUUUUCUUUGGGAAGAUUUGUUUAAUUCAAAACUCCCUAGAAAGGUGUUUGAAGACAACAUACAUGAACAUACCAAUGUGAUACAUUUGUUCCAUGUACAGUAGGUAUUCAUGAAGCAACUGUGUGCUUUAUUUUAAAAUGAGUUUGAUAGAUGGCUGUGUCAAUACUUGUGUCCAAGUUAUUUAAAAGUCAAGUAAAACUUGAAUUUUUAGGGCA